AUGGAGGAAACAAGGAAUGAAACAUUAGAUUUGUCGCGGCGUGGGUUGAAGAAAAUAGAGAAAGCGCCCCCAGAAGAAUCUAAAACGAUUAUUACUUUAGUCCUUGAUCAAAACGAACUACAGCGCCUGGACAACAUUGAGAGUUACAGCCGUAUCGAAAAUCUGUCAAUAUGCAACAAUUUUCUGGUACGCAUGCAUGGUGUGUCUCGUCUGGUUAACAUCAGAGUAUUGGCUUUGAAUAACAAUGGAAUAUUGCAGAUUGAGGGAUUGAAGGAUCUCAUUUAUUUGAAAGUAUUAAAACUGGCUGGUAAUAAUAUAAAGUCUAUAGAGCAUCUUAACCAUAACAUGCAUUUGGAACAUUUGGACCUUUCAAACAAUCAGAUAUCUUUUAUAGCAGAUAUUUCAUAUUUAAAGAGCUUAAAGCAUUUAAACCUGGAACGUAACCGAAUAAUGGAUCUCCGUCAAUGCGAUCGUUACUUGCCCAGUGCCUUGGAACACUUUGGCCUGGCACACAACAACAUCCAGGACCUAAACGAGAUCUGCCAUCUUGUUCACCUGUCAAAACUCGACAGUUUUAGUAUACAGGGAAAUCCAUGUAUCUCUCUGGCUGGUAAGGACAAACUAGGAUUUGACUACCGACCUUUUGUGCUGAAUUGGAUCAUGAGUGUCAAAUCUAUUGAUGGUUUUAUUGUCAGCGCUAUAGAGAGUUUGAAGGCUGAAUGGCUGUACAGCCAAGGCAAAGGUAGACAUUUCCAUGAAGGUCAGCAUCGUGAACUAUGCGAAUAUCUUGCCACCACAUGUCCAUUGACUGCCGAUGCACUUGAAACAGAAGAGCAAAGGAAAUUGAGACUUAUUCUUAGCAAGGCACAACAUCAUCAACAACAACUAAAAGAUCACAACCAUAGUCCAAUGAAAUCUAAGAUCCAGUCACCAAGGAUGCAAUCGCGCAUGCCGACGCGUCACGUGGGCCGUUCGCCCGACCGCCUGUCCAGCAGCUACCACGCGGCGAUGCGCACUGGCUCGCCGUCACUGUCCAACUGCAGCGAGCCACCCGCUAUCCCGCACGCGAUGAGCCAGAGCUACGACUCGCCUGGGCUCAUGUACGAGAGGCGCGACAGCAGCAGGAGUGAGAAAGCCGACCAACAACCAGCGAAGCCGGUGAACCAGCCGCUCGAAGCGGCGUCGAAGAUGGUGCCCGUGCCGGAAUCGCUCAUGAGCCCCGAUUACCAGGACCCAAUCUUCGACAUCCAAAGAAGCAUACCAAAGCCGAACAACCACGCGACCAACAAUCUGUCCAACGCAUCGAGCCAGUCCAGCAACAGCAGCGUUCAAGAUGACCGCCAAAAACAAGCCAACAAGACCUUCAAAGGUUCGCCUAAAUUGCCAAAAAGCGCAAACUCCUCGCCCAAGCUAAGGUCCAAAAUGGAACAGCAGCGCAAAGGCAGUUUGACGAAAUCCGAAAUUAAGAACGAUGAGAGGAGACUCAAUGGAGUUAUUCCAAACCAA